AUGGGAGUGGCUGAAGGCGACGAAUGGGUGUGGGCGGAGCAUGGCGGUGAAGCUAUUGAGGGCGGAGGCAAUUGGGCGGACUUAUGGGCGUUAAUUGAAGGGUCGGGCGGGGUUACGGGGCACGUGGCUAGGACGGACAGCGAAACUGGCGGCACCGCUGCGGCACCUGCAGAAGCAGGCGCGGACAGCUCCUUUUCGGGAUCCAGGGCCAAUCUUGUUCCGGCAGCUGCGGAGCAGAUUCCUUUCAGAUUCUCGGGAUUCGACGCCAUGGAUCGCGUGGUCUCGUGGACGGAUUUAAACACGAGUUUUAACGCGGUCAGGCCGGAAGGUGCAGCGGCCUCGCCGAUGGUCGGCACUAGCGGGCAGGUUCACUUGAAUGAGCUCUCUGCGGCGGACGAAACGCCCGGCGAUGCCUGUGCUGGGCCCAGUGACCCUCUCGAUAGUGUCGUCGCCGCGCCGGGAAUGCCUGCAGGAGUCGCGGAAGAGCAACUGUGCGACGAGUUGGGCUGGUGGGCGAACGGCGUUUGUCGGACCGACGUUGCGACGGUGGCAGCGGCGGGCGAGGAGACAGCGGCCGAGGCGCGGAUGGCGGACGGCGGAGCCGAUGACUGCAGUACCGCGCUGCGUUCCACGACCCCGCAGUCCAAACCGGGCCGCGAUCAUGAAGGCACGGCAGCGAGCAUGCAGCCAUGGGCAGCGGAGGGGGCUGUCGGAGCCAGCGCAGCGGGUAGUCGCAGCACCAGCGCCGCCCCACCGUCCACGCCCACCUCCUCCCCCCCGCCCGACCUCGCUUCUUCCGCCACCACUGCCGGCACCCCCACUCCUUCCUCGUGGCCGGGCGUCGGGGCUUGGGGGAGGGCGGAGGGGCGGGCGAUCCAGCGGGAGGUUGGGGGAGGCUUGGCGGGCGGAGGACGAGAGAGCGGGACGGCUGGGCGGGCUCCGGAAGAAAGCGGAGAAAGGGGAACGUGCGCUAGCGCGGAAGGAGAAAGGGGGAACGCUGGCCUGGGAGGCGCAGAGGGGCUGGCCGCGGGGGGGACGGAGAGUCGGGUGGAAGCGCGCGGGAGAGAGGGCAGGAAAGUGAGUAGCUGGGAGUGUAGGCGAGUGGAGUGGGGGAGCAGAGGCGCGGAAGCGGCGCAAGAGGGCGACGUGGAUUUGAUGGAGCUGUCGCGACGGGCGGACGGGGGAGGCGGGGGGGGCGGAGGGGGCACCAGCAGGGGCAGGAGCGGGGACAGCAGCGGGGUCCGCUGCGCGGCGCAAAACGGCGGAGUGGUGCGCGCGGCGGGACGCGGUGAUACCGAGGCGCGAGAGCUUGUGCCGCCAGAUACGUGCGCAGCAGGGGCGGCGAGCUUGGCGGAAGAAGCGGCGGAGGGGCAGGGCAUGCGGGGGGAAAAAGGGGGUGAGGGCGAGGAGGCGGAGGGCGGGGCGGGCAGUGGCGCGGGGUCGGAUGUGGACUGCUUGGAGAUGGUGUGCGCAAUGCUGGGCGCGCGGAAGCGCCUAAAGACCUCCCCCAUGGGGGGGAUCGGCGGAUCCAGCGCAGCAGCGGAGUGGCUGGGCGCACACACGGCGACGGGUACGACCCGUGCAUGUGGCGAUGAAGGCAGGCGGACGCAGCAAGUGGAGAAGAAGCAGAGCGAGCGCAAGGAGGUGCGGGACGGUAUGCCCCAUGCGGCCUUCCUGCCGCACCCUCUCCUUCCCUCGCCGCCCAGCCACCACACGCGCGUUCCUCCGCGCCUCGCGCACUCACUCCCUCACGUCACCCCGCCACCAAAUCUUCAACUUCCCCCUCUCCACCACACCAGCGGCGCCCUACCCGCGCCUCGUUCCUACUCCCGCCCCUGCGCGUCCCCAUCCGCCCCUCAUGUCUCUGGUCUCGCGCGGACCGUCUCUGCCUCCUUCCCCACCACCAGCACCCCCACUUCCGCCUCCCUCUCCCCGCACUCCCUCCCGCACCAUUUCCUUGCUCCGCACUUGCGUCCCCCACACUCCCCCGCGCCACCAACGCACACUCCAGCCGCAAUGAGACUUGGUCUAGCAGACGCGGAAAGGGGGGGUGGGGGCGUGUGCGCGCAGGCAGCGCUGGUGCCCAAGAAGCGGUCCCUGUCAUGGGCAGGCGGGGAAGUGAGUGGCGCAUGGGGGAUGGAGAGCGCGGCAGGCAUGGCACACAUGACUCGUGAGCCUAUCACACCCGUGCAUCCAGGCAGAUAUGCGCAUAGCCCCUUCCCUGCGCUCACGGCUGCUGGAGGUGAGCUUUGCCCCCCUGCUGCUGCUCCAGCGGUGGGUGCGCAUGCUUGUGAGAGGGCUUGCGCUGUGGAUGCUUCUGGUGGGGAGAUGGAAACGGCGGCGAUUGCUGCGAGGAGUGGCGAAGGUGGGAUCGGCAAUGCGAGGAGGUGCGAGGAGGCGAGCAGGGAGGGCGAUGGCAGCAACAGGGCGGUGCCGCUGUGGAGUCAAGGGCUGCAGCGCAUUGCAUGGCUGCAGCUGCAGCACCGCCUGCUGCUCAUGAAACAGCGGCAGAUCGUGCAGCAGGGACAGGGGCAAGGGCAAGAGGUCCAUGGGGAUUCAGCUGAUGAGGCAAGGCGGGAAGAGCGCUUGGAGGUAACGCGUCAGAUCAAGCAGGUGUGGAUGGAGCAGCAACAGCAGCAGCAGCAGCAGCAGCAGCAGCAGCAGCAACAACAACAGCAGCAGGGGACAGAUCACAGGUGA